AUGCUUUCUUUAGUUUCUCCUACCAGCUGGUCCACAUCUUACCAGAUUGCCGCUACCGGUGUUGCAACUGGCAUAGCCUCCCACCUUAUAUUUUUCAUCCGAGGAGAGCAUCAUGUGAGAGCUCCGAUCAUUGCCAGAGUAUAUCUCCUUCUACUGGCCGUAGUAUCAUUCUACGGAGUUAAGACCCUCGGAUCGUCUGAAGGGUCUAGGGCGGCUGCCAUCUUGGUCGGGAGUUAUGUCGUCUCCCUUAUCACCAGCAUCGUCAUCUAUCGUAAGGCAUUCCAUAGCCUUCGAGCCUUUCCUGGCCCUUGGAUGGCUGGUGUGAGCAAGUUAUGGCAUGUAUUUCAUGUGCUCGACUCUCACAACCAUCUUUUCUUGGAUAAGAUACACGAUGAAUAUGGCAAAAUUGUUCGCACUGGUCCGACCGAGCUCACGAUCUUCUCUCCCGAGGUUCUGAAGGUUAUGGACGGCCCUGGUAAUAACUGUACCAAGGCAGUCUGGUACGACAUCUUGCUUCCACUGACAGCGUUGAACACAACUCGGGAUAAGGCGCAUCAUGAUCAACGCCGUAGAGUCUGGAACCAAGGAUUUACAAAGAAAGCUUUGGCCGAUUACGAAGACCGUGUCAAUUCGUAUGGUCAGCAACUCGAGAGCCAUAUCGCAGCUACUGCUGGAAAGCCCGUAAAUGUGUCUAAAUGGUUCUAUUUCCUCACCUUCGAUGUCAUGGGGGACUUUGCCUUCGCAAGAUCUUUUAAGAUGCUUGAAAACGAAAAGUGGCACUAUGCCGUACUUAUGUUGCGUCGAGCCCUCACUUUACUCGGACCUUUUAGUGCAGUACCAUGGUUGAUCCAAUUAGCCUUGAGUAUACCUAUAAUUCCAAUUGUACGAGACUGGAGGACGAUGAUUCAGUGGUGUUCUGACCGCAUGACUGAGCGAAUUGAAGUCGAGGUUGACAAACCAGACAUAUCAUCGUGUUUAAUCAACGCAUCCAAGGAGAAUAAUAGCAUAGAACAGGACAGGUUCUUGCUGGAUGGUGACUCGGUGGCUCUGAUCGUAGCCGGAAGCGACACUGUUGCCUCGACCUUGAUUUAUCUAUUCUACCGCCUCGCCCUAGACCCCUCUCAUGCAGAAAAGCUACGACAGGAGGCGCUCGGCGUCGACAUCUAUGAUCCGCGAGCAUUACAAGGUCUCGACCAUCUUAACGGCGUUAUCAACGAAAUCCUGCGCCUCCAUCCGUCCGUCCCAACAGGUGGGUAUCGCGAGACCCCUCCAGAAGGAGUCAUGAUUGCAGGCCAAUAUAUUCCCGGUAACAUCACAAUCGUAGCCCCACGCUACACCAUCGGCCGCUUGCCGACCUCCUUCGUGCAGCCCAACGACUUUGUCCCCGAACGCUGGUACUCGAAGCCGGAGAUGAUUCUUGACCGUCGCGCAUUCAACCCUUUCUCCAUAGGGCGCUAUACCUGCGUGGGCAAGGACCUUGCGAUCGCAGAGCUCCGCUUCGUUACCACUCUACUAGUCUCGCAGUAUAAUAUCGCCUUCGCGCCGGGAGAGAAUGGAGAGCGGUGUUGGAAGGAGAUGAGGGAUCAGUUUACGGCUGCGCCGGGGAAGUUAGAGCUUGUCUUUACGCCACGAGGGAAAAUUUGUUUUGUUUUGGAAGAUGUGAGCCUUGAGAAUAAUAUUGAGUUUAAGCAACAACUAUACCUUAGCCUUGCCGAUGAUCUUGAUGCUGUUUCGGGAAUGUUUACCAACACUCUAGCAUUGGCUGAUGAUGGUAAGAAGAUCCAGAGUAUUAUUGACUGGCAUAUCUCCUGUACUACAACUGGUACUUCUCGCAGGUUAUCAUUAGAGUAG